UGUGGUGUACAGCUGCAGAGAUGCGCGACACAGAAAAACAAGGGAAAUGAGGGAAAUGGAGGGAGAUGACAGGAGAGGACGGUAACCACUGAACACACACCAUCUGAGAAUGUUUCCACACACCGAGGAGCACCGUCGUCGUUGCGCACUUCGGACAUAAAAACGCGGACAGGGCUCGGAUCAUACAUUGAUCCGAAUACAGGGGACGGGAGGGGUCGAUCAUGGGGAACGAAGCGAGCCUGGAAGGAGGCGAAGGGCCUCUGUCGGGGCUGCCGGAGGGGCUGGCACCUGACGGGAAGGGAGGCUUCGUCCGGGUCCCCGAAGGGACUCCGGUCAACCUGGGCGACCUGAGCGAAGAGCAGAGGAGGCAGCUGGCCGCCGCGAUGUCAAGGGCGCAGGGCAGGCAGCCUGGAGGCGCAGCACGAAGACCGUCAGAAUCUGAUACCCAGCGUUCCCAGCAGGUAGGGGCCUCCAGGGGCCCUACAGGUCUCAGUAAGAGUCGCACUGUAGACGCCUUCAACCAGGGUCCACCGGGAAAGCCCGCUCCGGGCCGCAGCCCCUCGUCCCUCAGCCUUUUCGAAAACAGAUUCCGGCAGGAGCCAAAAGACCCAGAGAGCAAGUCCUCCGGCAUGUUUGGCUCCAGCUUCCUGAGCGGGGCCAACCCCCUCAGUGCCAUGACCUCCUCCGUCUCCUCCUCCAUGUCCUCCAUUGGCGACACCGUCAAUAUGCCUAAGUUUGGACUGUUUGGGGAUGAGGCGGAGGGGGACGCAGCCGCAGCGCCUGAGUCUAAACAGGGAGGUAGGCCCCCUGGCAAGGGCCCUCAACAAGGGCCGGGGCAAAAGGGACCACAACAGGGAGGACCUCAGAAACAGGGUCAGGGUCCUCCUGGACAGGGGCCAAAGCCAGGUCAAGGACCACCUGGCCAGGGAUCUAAACCUGGCCAAGGUCCACCUGGGCAGGGACCCCUAGGUCAGGGGCCACCAGGCCAGGGACUAAAGCAAGGUCAGGGACCACCAGGCCAGGGACCUAAACCUGGCCAAGGUCCACCUGGGCAGGGACCCCUUGGGCAGGGUCCCAAGCAAGGUCCAGGGCCUCAAUCAAGCCAGGGUCCGCCUGGUCAAGGAACUAGGCAAGGCCAGGGACCACCCGGCCAGGGUCCUCCUGGCCAAGGACCCCCAGGACAAGGACAGAGACAAGGACAGGGACCACCAGGACAGGGGCCACAAUCAGGCCAAGGUCCUCCUGGUCAAGGUCCUCCAGGGCAGGGACCAAGGCCAGGACAGGGACCACCAGGCCAAGGGCCCAAAUCAGGCCAGGGUCCUCCUGGUCAAGGACCUCCUGGGCAGGCCCCAAGGCAAGUUCAGGGUCCGCCAGGCCAAGGGCCCCCUGGGCAACAAGCCCCAAAACCAGGUCAAGGACCACCAAGUCAAGGUGCCAAACAGGGGGCCCCUCCUCAGCAAGGACCUGGAAAGCAACGGCCCCCAGGUCCUGGGGCUCAACCUGGGGAGCCAGCUAAGAGCGGAGGGUCUCCUGGUCAGCAGGGGGCUGGAAAGUCUGGAGGGGGUCCCUGUCCUCUGUGUAAGACCACCCAGCUGAACAUGGGCUCUAAGGACCCCCCAAACUACAACAACUGCACUGAGUGUAAGAACCAGGUCUGCAGCCUCUGCGGCUUCAGCCCCCCCGACUCAGCGGGUAAAGAGUGGUUAUGUCUCAACUGCCAGAUGCAGCGAGCGAUGGGCGGUAUGGACCCCCCCGGCAUGACGAAGCCCAAACAAGGCUCGGCCCCGCCCUCGCCCCAGAGACAGGGGCCUGGCAAGCCUGGCAAGCUGCUGAUAAGGCAGCAGAGUGCCUCCGACCAAGGGUUAACACCUCCGACCACACCCAGACAGAAAUCCCCUACCUCUCCUGGGCCGCUUUCCCCGGGCUCCUCGUUGGGAGGGUCCCCAAAGAUCGACCCCAAGACGGGCCGUCCCAUUCAGACCAAGCCCAGUCCCCAGCAGUCUCCAGCUAAAGCCAAGCAGGAGUCCAGCUUCUUUGGGGGUUUUGGAGGUAUCAGUCUGGGAGGCUUAACAGAUACCAAACCUGCGGGUGCUUCGCAAGCUACCGAGUCUGUUACAGGGAAACUGUUUGGAGGGUUUGGCGGUUUGAUGGAUUCACCGAAGCCUCAAGCGCAGACUGCCCCAAAGCAGGAGGAGUCGGUGGCUGGGAAGUUGUUUGGAGGUUUUGGAGGGUUGACAGAAUCAGCUAAACCUCCCGCAGCUGCUUCUCAGAUGUUCAGUUUUGGUUCUUCACUCUUGAGUUCAGCCACCAUUAUCGUCUCUGGAGAGGAAGAGAAGAAGCCGGCAGUAUCUCCGCCUGAGUCGCCACCAGACUCCGGACCAGGUUCCCCUAUGGAUUCUGAGCCUGGUUCACCACCUGACUCCCCCUUCUCUGCUCCUGGGUCGCCUCCUGAUUCGGACUCUGCUCCUGACACUCCACCUGCUAAGUCCAAGAAACCCCUCAGAACCCUUUCUGUGGAGCAGGGGGAGAAGGGGCCAGCAGCUGAACCAGCACCUGCCCCUGAACCAGCACCUGCACCUGGCCCAACUACCAAGGAGAGCUGCCCUCUCUGUAAGACGGAGCUGAACGUCGGAUCAGCAGACGCCCCGAACUACAGCUUCUGCACCGAGUGCAAGAAGACAGUUUGCAACCUUUGUGGAUUUAAUCCUACUCCCCAUUUAGGAGAGGUAAGAACAUCAUUUUUCUUAAGCUUCCUGUGCACUCUGCACCUACCA